GAGAGAGAGAGAGAGAGAGAGUGAGUGUGUGUGUGUGUGUGUGUGUGUGUGUGUGUGUGUGUGUGAGUGAGAGUGUGUGGGGUCUCGCGCGCGCCUGUGCGGACAGGUGUGUUCCCGGCUACCUGUGGCCGCGCUCCAGCAGGAGGGGGAGGAGGCGCGCGGGGAUUUUAUUUCCUCUUCAUAAGAAGAGCCGCGCCGUGAACGCGCCCGUUGGCCGCGCGCGCUCGCGCUGGUGACGCAGCGCGAGGAGAGGAGAGGAAGAGGAGCGAGACGAUGGCGGCCGCUUGCGAGCGCGAGCGGGAGCCCGAGCCUCGCGCCCCGGAGAACGGGUUCGUGAGCGCUGAGCAGCACGCGCUCCUGUCGCGCGUGGACGGCUGCGUGCUGCACUUCCUGGGCGGAUUCGGCACGUACCAGAAGCGGCUCGUGGCGCUCACGUGGAUCCCCGCGCUCUUCAUCGGAUUCAGCCACUUCUCGGACUAUUUCCUCCUCGCGCUGCCCAAGACCACGUGCGUGGAAGCGGCGGGGAACGGCACGCUCAACUGGACGCUGCCGCUGCCGCCGCCGCCGCCCUGCGCGCUGCCGCAGGACUUCAACGGGACCGGUCUGCCGGCCAACGGCUCUGCGCUCGAGCCCGAGAACGCGUGCACGCGCUGGACCUCCGAGCUGCAGACUGGCCUCGUGCAGAAUGUCGUCACCAAGUGGAAUCUGGUCUGUACGUCUGAAUGGAAGGUUCACAUCGCCAAGUUUUCUCUGCUGGUGGGAACCAUCUUCGGCUACCUGGUGCUGGGGGUCCUGGCCGACUGGUUUGGACGUCACCUGGUGCUGAUAAUUUCGGUGUUUUUCACACUGGUGUUCGGGAUGACAGUGGCUUUCUCUGUGGAUGUGACCAUGUUCAGCACCCUUCGCUUCUUCGAAGGAUUCUUCCUGGCAGGGAUAACACUCUCUCUCUACGUCCUGAGGAUUGAGCUGUGUUUACCUGGCUGGCGGUUCUCCAUGACGAUGGUGGCAAACUUCCUGAUGCUGGCUGGUCAGCUGCUGAUGCCCGGGCUGGCCGCGCUGUGUCGAGACUGGCAGGUCCUGCAGGCCGUGAUCAUCUGCCCACUGCUGCUAAUGCUAACCUACAUAUGGCUUUUCCCAGAGUCCCUGCGCUGGUUGUUGGCGACUCAGCAGUACUGUAGAGCGAAGCGGAUCGUGGAGCACAUCGCUAAGACGAACCGAGCCCAACUGGACUCGGACGAACUGCUGACAGAGCUGCACAAAGCGCUGCCCAAGAAGCCCAAGAAGACCUGCAUCGUGAAGGUGGUGGGCACGAGGACCCUGUGGAAGAAUGUCGUGGUGCUUUGUGUGAACUCGUUAACAGGUUAUGGUAUCCACCACUGCUUUGCGCGCAGUAUGAUGGACCCUGAUGGGAAGGAGAUAACCAUGUUCCAUAACUUCUACGCUGAUUACUACACCAUGGGGGGCAUCGCCGUGGCGUCCUGCAUGGCUCUGUGUCCGGCGGUGGGGCUGAUGGGCCGCAGGGGGGGUCUGUUAAUGUUCAUGAUCAUCACCGCACUGGCCUCACUGCUGCAGCUCGGCCUGCUCAACCUUUUGGGGAAGUACAGCGCCCAGCUCCAAAUCGAGGAGUCAGACACGCUGAAGUCGAAGUUCUCUGUGGCGUUCUCCAUCAUCGGCAUGUUCUCCUCCCACGCCGUCAGCAACCUGAGCAUUUUCUUCUGUGCAGAGAUCACCCCCACUGUCAUCAGGGGUGGAGGUUUGGGUCUAGUGUUGGCGAGCGCUGGUUUCGGAAUGCUGACGGCUCCAAUAAUGGAGCUCCACAAUCAGAAAGGCUACUUCCUGCACCACGUCAUCUUCGCCUGCUGCACACUGAUCUGCAUCAUUUGCAUCCUGCUGCUGCCCGAGACGCGCUACCAGCCGCUGCCCGAGACGCUGGCCGACGGGGAGAGCUACACCCGCCAGCCUCUGCUGCCGCCCCGCAAACCAGCCGAACAGCGCCACCUGCUGCCACGGGCGCAGAGUCGCGAGUAUGGGCAGGUGACAGACACCCCCCUCCACGUGGCAGCCGCUACCGCCGUGUCCACCAUGGAGUCCACCGCCUCCUCCGCCAUCGACCUGUCUGUGCCGCCGGAUGGAGAACCAGACUCGAUUGCGCUCUAUGUCAUGAAACAGCAGAAAGAACUGGCGGAACCAGCUGGGGGCACUCUACUCACCGCAGUCCCAAAUGCCUCGACUCCACUCAGCACCAGCCCCAUUCACCCCAACAUAACAGACUCGCUCCCUGAUCUUAUCGCCAACGUCCCGUCCCCUCACUCUGCCACAGAGACCCCACCCACUCCGCUGUCUGGCCACACCCUCUCCCAGACCACUCCCUCUGCAGCUUCUGUCCUAACUGCAGAUACAUCAGAGAUCCCAUCUCCAUCUACGGCAACAGAGACCCCUCCUCUGACUGACCACGGCCCCCCCCAGCCCAUUCAAAUGAUUCCAGAUACCACAGAGACCCAACCUCAUCCUUCUUUAUUGGGCCACGCCCCCUCCGAGGCCCCUGCAAUCACACCCCUAAUCUCAGAUACAACAGGGACUCCACACCUCCUUCAAUUGACCACACCCCCCCAUGCUCACAGCCUGAGAUGGACAGUGCUGUAGUGGACUCCCCCCUCCCUGGCAUCAGCCAAACUGAAGGGAAUUUCAUCCCAGACUCUGUAGAAAUUCCAGCAGUUGGCGCUGUGGGCUCAUGCAAUCAUGGUAAUCAUCUAAACGACGUAGCCCAGCCCCCUCCCACAGACUCACCCAUUUAUAUAGCUAACGAUCUAAACUCGCUUCACCCUGAUCCUUCAUCAUUUCCUCCUCCAUCCUUGUCCUCACCCAUAGAUUCUGACACUCUCUUGUUCCCGCCCCCUCUAAUAGACCCUGCCCCUUUAGAGACUCCUUCUCCUUCGCUGGUUGGUGCUGCUGUUUUACCUGAAGCUCCAGCGAUGCAGCCUGCUGGAGACCCCUUUACAGUGGACCUCACAGUUUCCUCACCCAUAGACUCUGGUCCAUCUCCAGCUGUGGACUUCACCACCACCUCCAGCGCCGCCAAUGGUCUGGCAUCUUCAUGAUGGCCAGUAUGGCUGGUGCUUUGCCCUGGAGGGCAGCUGAGUGCUGGGGGGCUAUUAUCAGCCUACGAGCCAUUUAUGUAGACCAGCAAGUGUUAAAGAUGCUAGAAAGGGAUCCGCUAAUAAAAGGGAAGAGCUAUAAACCAGGCUCGCACCCAGGAACUCAACUAUCAACAACCUUCUCCAGCGCCAGUAAAACGCUGCUUUAGGCAGCUUCAGUUUCUGAUUGGGGCUUUAAAAAGGUGGUAAUUGAACACUACCUGUGUGAAUCAAACCCGGACCACCUGGAUAACACUGGAAUUCCCUGCAGUCACUUAGACUCAGAACUCCUGUCUGCAGAAUAUGAAGUAUAACUGCCUUUUUAAAAUGACCAGUAAAGCCCAUCGUGGUCAAACAUGAAGAGUGCCAAGAGCAGGCUGCUUUCUCAGACACUUCAGAUUGAAAUUUGCUCAAUGAUUAAUAAAGUGAAAUUCAGAAUAAAGUCGGAUAUGAAAGCACUCAUAUCCAUACUGAUGGGAACACAGUGUAAUAUUUCAUUAGUUGAAUAAAACAAUGCUUUUCAACUGUGCUAAAGGAGACGCUCCCAAAGGGAAUUUCCCAGUUACACAAUGCAGCCGCUACUGUUAAAGACGGUUGGCUAAACUGAAAAACAUGCAAACACUAAAGAGUUUAUUACACAAACACACUUACAGAAGGACUGUGUGGAUUAACAGAGUUCUGCAUCCAAAGUCUAAAGUCCACCAGGCUGGUUUUUAAAUAGACACAGAGUUCCUCAUUUCAUAAGAGUUUCUGAUUGGAGUAACCCAAACCCUAGGCCCUAACUCCUAAAUUCUAAGCCCUAGGUGCUAGUUCCUAACCCCUAGGCCUUAACUGCCAAACCCCAGCUCCUAUAUCAUAAGUUUUAACUCUUAAAAUCUAAUGUUUAAGACCCAACCUAACCCCAAACUCCAAUUACUAACUCCAAAGCUCUAAGCAGCAGAUCCUCAGCCCUAACAUCUAGCUUAGCCCCUAACCCCUGAACUCUAAGCCCCACCUUCUCAAGCCUAACCAUAACUUCUCAAUUAUAAUGGCUAAAUCGCUAAGCACUAACCCUAUGCCCUAGCCCCUAAACCCUCAAGCAUAACCCAAAAUCUCUAAACCCUGUCUUCUAAACCUUAACCCUCUAAUCCCUAGGCCCUAGCCCCUAGCCCCUAAUGCCUGAGGCUUAAGGCCUAGUCUGGAUGAGGGAACUCUGCUGAAUCCAGAGUGUCUGCAAGUGGUUGUUCAUUUUCACUGACUUGCUUGCUUUAGUGAAAUCAGCUGAAAGAUGAAAUUAGAUUAAAUUUAUUGAAUUUAGGUGAAAUCAGUUGAAACUUAGGUGAAACAUGUUGAAUUUAAGUGUAAUUAAAUGAAUCUGUACCAGGUUCCCGCACUGAGUCAGUGUUUAGGGUGCAAGGUAGUUUGUCCUGAUCUUCAGAUAGACAGUGUAAUAAACAAUUUCUACUGUUGAA